AUGAGUGGCGAUCAGCCUCAUCAAUCCUAUGUAAAUAUAUAUGAUCGCAUCCCCCGACUUUCCUUUGACCACCUUGUUCUUCUCGUCGAUCAUCGACUUACCAAGGACAUGGCUGAAUUCGUGCGCGCCGAGGUCCUGGGGACCACUUAUGAGAUUACCCAGAGGUAUCGCGACCUCCAACCACGAGGCUUCGGUGCUUCGGGUGUAAUUUGUUGCGCACAUGAUUCGCUAUCCAACCUUCCAGUAGUGCUCAAAAAAAUUGCGAAUUCGUUUGAUAGUGUCGCUGUUAUGAAGCGCACGUUCAGAGAAGUGCAUAUGUUAAAUAAACUGCGACAUGAUAAUCUUAUCAAUCUGAAUGAUAUCUUCAUCUCUCCGUCGGAAGACAUAUAUCUGGUCACAGACUUUAUGAUGACAGACCUGCAUCAAGUUAUCCGAGCGACAACGUUGGAGAGCCAAUUCAUCCAAUUCUUUACUUAUCAAAUCCUGCGAGGAUUGAAAUUCAUCCACUCCGCCGGUGUUAUCCAUCGUGACCUGAAGCCCCAAAAUCUCCUCGUUAACAACAACUGUGAUCUUAAAAUUUGUGACUUUGGACUCGCGCGGGAACAGGACCACCAAAUGACCGGUUAUGUCGUGACAAGGUAUUACCGGGCCCCAGAAGUCAUGCUAACAUGGCAGCAAUAUAGCUACGCAGUUGACAUGUGGAGCGUAGGAUGCAUUUUUGCCGAGAUGCUCCGGGGGACGCCCCUCUUUCCAGGUGAAAAUCAUAUUCACCAGUUCACCAUUAUCACGCAAGUUCUGGGAAACCCGCCUCAGGAGGUUGUCGAGAGAGUGUACAGCAGAAAUACACUGAAAUUCCUGGAGUCGCUACCACCGCGCGAGCCACGUCCGCUUUCAUCGCUCUUCACAGGUGUUGAAGAGGAAGCGGUCGACCUCAUUGAGAAAAUGCUUCAACUUGACCCGUACAAGAGAAUCGUUGCUACAGAUGCCCUUUCCCAUCCGUAUCUUGUAAAUUUUCAUGAUUCAGAAGAUGAGCCCGUGGCUAGUCAAGAAAUUGACAUGUCAUAUGAUGAAGUAGAACUCUCGCCGGAUGAGUGGAAAAAAAGAAUGUACCGUGAAGUUUUGGACUUCCAUGAAGGUCCUUGCAGCAAGAAAGUCGAGUCAUAG